GAGGCUUCCGCCCAGUAGGCCAGGAGGGGGCUUGGCCUGGAGGUGGUUUGGAGGUAAAGGGCGGGGAAGCCGGCGCCCCAGGCUUCAUUCUGCAACAGGUUGCUCCUGGAGCCCGCUAAGGCGACUGACCUUUCAGGAGAAAGGUUUGCUGGAGUUCCUGAGGGCGGCAGCUGUUCUUUGUUAAGAAAGCAAGUGCACGAUCGUAGUUCUUGAGUGCCCCCCGAGACUCACGCGACACGAACAACCGCUGCGAUACGUUGGGUGGAAUCAUAAGAAAUUGUCGGUUUUUUGGAUGGAAGAUGAGCCCCGGUGGAGUUGAGCUCAGAGUAUUGAUGCUAGCAGAAGCAGACAGACCCCAGAUAGCCUUCCAGCUGCGUGCCAGGUGCUUUACCUAUUAGAUCGCUAGCCUGCGAACCCUAUGCGAAAUCCUCCUUUGACAGAGGAGCAGAAGAAGGGUUGGAGAAUUCAAACAACUGUCAUCUUGGCAGAAGGGACCUACAUUUUGGAGCAAGAUGUAAAGAAAUCUGGAAGUGCAACUGCAGUUGCUGUCUAUCUCAAGUCAUUGUCUCCCAUCUUUGCUGCAGGAUGGUGCCUUGAGUGAAUGACCCCCUUGGAGAACAUUCUUCCGCAUCCCUCGCCUCAAGCCAGCCUCAGACAGAAAACUGAAGAUUCAGCAGAUCCAGUGCUUCCUGCUCCUCUUCUGCCCAGGAACACGCUUGCCUUCCCCAAGGCUUCCGGAAGCUCUGAGGCAGGAGGCACCAAGUUCUACCUCAUGUUUGGAGGAUCUUGCUAGCUAUGGCCCUCGUACUCGGCUCCCUGUUGCUGCUGGGGCUGUGCGGGAACUCCUUUUCAGGAGGGCAGCCUUCAUCCACAGAUGCUCCUAAGGCUUGGAAUUAUGAAUUGCCUGCAACAAAUUAUGAGACCCAAGACUCCCAUAAAGCUGGACCCAUUGGCAUUCUCUUUGAACUAGUGCAUAUCUUUCUCUAUGUGGUACAGCCGCGUGAUUUCCCAGAAGAUACUUUGAGAAAAGUCAUACAGAAGGCAUAUGAAUCCAAAAUUGAUUAUGACAAGAUUGUCUACUAUGAAGCAGGGAUUAUUCUAUGCUGUGUCCUGGGGCUGCUGUUUAUUAUUCUGAUGCCUCUGGUGGGGUAUUUCUUUUGUAUGUGUCGUUGCUGUAACAAAUGUGGUGGAGAAAUGCACCAGCGACAGAAGGAAAAUGGGCCCUUCCUGAGGAAAUGCUUUGCAAUCUCCCUCUUGGUGAUUUGUAUAAUAAUAAGCAUUGGCAUCUUCUAUGGUUUUGUGGCAAAUCACCAGGUAAGAACCCGGAUCAAAAGGAGUCGGAAACUGGCAGAUAGCAAUUUCAAGGACUUGCGAACUCUCUUGAAUGAAACUCCAGAGCAAAUCAAAUAUAUAUUGGCCCAGUACAACACUACCAAGGACAAGGCGUUCACAGAUCUGAACAGUAUCAAUUCAGUGCUAGGAGGCGGAAUUCUUGACCGACUGAGACCCAACAUCAUCCCUGUUCUUGAUGAGAUUAAGUCCAUGGCAACAGCGAUCAAGGAGACCAAAGAGGCGUUGGAGAACAUGAACAGCACCUUGAAGAGCUUGCACCAACAAAGUACUCAGCUUAGCAGCAGUCUGACCAGCGUGAAAACUAGCCUGCGGUCAUCUCUCAAUGACCCUCUGUGCUUGGUGCGUCCAUCAAGUGAAAUCUGCAACAGCAUCAGAUUGUCUCUAAGCCAGCUGAAUAGCAACCCUGAACUGAGGCAGCUUCCACCCGUGGAUGCAGAACUUGACAACGUUAAUAACGUUCUUAGGACAGAUUUGGAUGGCCUGGUCCAACAGGGCUAUCAAUCCCUUAAUGAUAUACCUGACAGAGUACAACGCCAAACCACGACUGUCGUAGCAGGUAUCAAAAGGGUCUUGAAUUCCAUUGGUUCAGAUAUCGACAAUGUAACUCAGCGUCUUCCUAUUCAGGAUAUACUCUCAGAAUUCUCUGUUUAUGUUAAUAACACUGAAAGUUACAUCCACAGAAAUUUACCUACAUUGGAAGAGUAUGAUUCAUACUGGUGGCUGGGUGGCCUGGUCAUCUGCUCUCUGCUGACCCUCAUCGUGAUUUUUUACUACCUGGGCUUACUGUGUGGCGUGUGUGGCUAUGACAGGCAUGCCACCCCAACCACCCGAGGCUGUGUCUCCAACACCGGAGGCGUCUUCCUCAUGGUUGGAGUUGGAUUAAGUUUCCUGUUUUGCUGGAUAUUGAUGAUCAUUGUGGUUCUUACCUUUGUCUUUGGUGCAAAUGUGGAAAAACUGAUCUGUGAACCUUACACGAGCAAGGAAUUAUUCCAGGUUUUGGAUACACCCUACUUACUAAAUGAAGACUGGGAAUACUAUCUCUCUGGGAAGCUAUUUAAUAAAUCAAAAAUGAAGCUCACUUUUGAACAAGUUUACAGUGACUGCAAAAAAAAUAGAGGCACUUACGGCACUCUUCACCUGCAGAACAGCUUCAAUAUCAGUGAACGUCUCAACAUUAAUGAGCAUACUGGAAGCAUAAGCAGUGAAUUGGAAAGUCUGAAGGUAAAUCUUAAUAUCUUUCUGUUGGGUGCAGCAGGAAGAAAAAACCUUCAGGAUUUUGCUGCUUGUGGAAUAGACAGAAUGAAUUAUGACAGCUACUUGGCUCAGACUGGUAAAUCCCCUGCAGGAGUGAAUCUUUUAUCAUUUGCGUAUGAUCUAGAAGCAAAAGCAAACAGUUUGCCCCCAGGAAAUUUGAGGAACUCCCUGAAAAGAGAUGCACAAACUAUUAAAACGAUUCACCAGCAACGAGUCCUUCCUAUAGAACAAUCACUGAGCACUCUAUACCAAAGCGUCAAGAUACUUCAACGCACAGGGAAUGGAUUGUUGGAGAGAGUAACUAGGAUUCUAGCUUCUCUGGAUUUUGCUCAGAACUUCAUCACAAACAAUACUUCCUCUGUUAUUAUUGAGGAAACUAAGAAGUAUGGGAGAACAAUAAUAGGAUAUUUUGAACAUUAUCUGCAGUGGAUCGAGUUCUCUAUCAGUGAGAAAGUGGCAUCGUGCAAACCUGUGGCCACCGCUCUAGAUACUGCUGUUGAUGUCUUUCUGUGUAGCUACAUUAUCGACCCCUUGAAUUUGUUUUGGUUUGGCAUAGGAAAAGCUACUGUAUUUUUACUUCCGGCUCUAAUUUUUGCGGUAAAACUGGCUAAAUACUACCGUCGAAUGGAUUCGGAGGACGUGUACGAUGAUGUUGAAACUAUACCCAUGAAAAACCCAUCACAACAUUGAUAGCUGAUGUUGAAACUGCUUGAGCAUCAGGAACUCAAAGUGGAAAGGAUCACAGAUUUUUGAUAGUUUCUGGGUCUACAAGGACUUUCCAAAUCCAGGAGCAACGCCAGUGGCAACGUAGUGACUCAGGCGGGCACCAAGGCAAUGGCACCAUUGGUCUCUGGGUAGUGCUUUAAGAAUGAACACAAUCACGUUAUAGUCCAUGGUCCAUCACUAUUCAAGGAUGACUCCCUCCCUUCCUGUCUAUUUUUGUUUUUUACUUUUUUACACUGAGUUUCUAUUUAGACACUACAACAUAUGGGGUGUUUGUUCCCAUUGGAUGCAUUUCUAUCAAAACUCUAUCAAAUGUGAUGGCUAGGUUCUAACAUAUUGCCAUGUGUGGAGUGUGCUAAACACACACCAGUUUACAGGAAAGAUGCAUUUUGUGUACAGUAAACGGUGUAUAUACCUUUUGUUACCACAGAGUUUUUUAAACAAAUGAGUAUUAUAGGACUUUCUUCUAAAUGAGCUAAAUAAGUCACCAUUGACUUCUUGGUGCUGUUGAAAAUAAUCCAUUUUCACUAAAAGUGUGUGAAACCUACAGCAUAUCCUUCGCGCAGAGAUUUUCAUCUAUUAUACUUUAUCAAAGAUUGGCCAUGUUCCACUUGGAAAUGGCACGCAAAAGCAAUCAUAGAGAAACCUGCAUAACUCCAUCUGGCAAAUUCAAAAGAGAGAGAGAGAUCUUGAGAGAAAGAAAUGCUGUUCGUUCAAAAGUGGAGUUGUUUUAACAGAUGCCAAUUACGGUGUACAGUUUAACAGAGUUUUCUGUUGCAUUAGGAUAAACAUUAAUUGGAGUGCAGCUAACAUGAGUAUCAUCAGACUAGUAUCAAGUGUUCUAAAAUGAAAUAUGAGAAGAUCCUGUCACAAUUCUUAGAUCUGGUGUCCAGCAUGGAUGAAACCUUUGAGUUUGGUCCCUAAAUUUGCAUGAAAGCACAAGGUAAAUAUUCAUUUGCUUCAGGAGUUUCAUGUUGGAUCUGUCAUUAUCAAAAGUGAUCAGCAAUGAAAAACUGGUCGGACAAAAUUUAACGUUGACGUAAUGAAAUUCCAGAUGUAGGCAUUCCCCCCAGGUCUUUUCAUGUGCAGAUUGCAGUUCUGAUUCAUUUCAAUAAAAAGGAACUUGGAAAACA